AUGUCCAAGCGAGCUUGCGUGGCGCCGAUCUCGGUCGUCGAUGCAGGCGUCCUUCUUCACAUCGUCCAGUGCUUGUCCUCGAUCGAUGACGUCUUCUCGCUGCUGCAGGCGCUGCCACGUCAUGCGCUCGAUGCGCCGUUGGCUGCACUCCGGACGCUCUUGCCGACUACCUUGAAAGCCGACCAGUGGCCGCAGGUGUGCAUUGAAGUCUUUGAUAGCCGGUACACUUCGACCGUGCUUACGGCGCUGCCGGCCUUUCGCUCGAUUCGCAUCAACGAUUUGUCCAAGCUCGACGAGGUGCUGCGAGCCGCGAGCCAGGAAUAUGGCGCCGAUGGGAGCGCGACAAUUGCGCUCGCAGCCAAGUGGGGGCACAAGAUCAAGUCCAUCGACGUGUCGGACUUCCAAGAGGACAACAACAACGGUGCGCUCGCCCGUAUUCUUCGUCCCUGCACCGGCCUCGACGAAGUACAUAUUUGUGAGCCGUCCGAUGCGUCCGAGCUCGAAGCAGUCACUGCUGCCGCGCAGUAUGUCACGCGCAUGGAGCUCCUCGAGAUAGACAAAAACAUAUUCUUGCGUGAGCGCUGGCUCUCGACGAUCACAACGUGGCUCGCGUCUGGCCGCGCAGAGAACCUCGGACUCUCUUAUUUUGAAUCGGCCGACGACCUUCAGUUGGCGCGGUGCAUUGCCACCGCCGCAUCGCUCACAAGCCUCACGCUCUGGCAGGCCGACAGCGUUCUCCAAGCGUUAUCCAAUGUUGCCGCACCACUGCUCAAUAUGACCAAACUGUGCCUCCACACAAUCUCUGGCAUUGAGGGGUUCCUGACGAAAUGCGUCAACCUUUCGACGCUGCAGCUGCUGCCGCGUCUUGUGGCCCUGCGCGAGCUCUCGCUUAUGGGCUGCGCGAUGGAAUGGGUUGACCAAUUGGACUCGACGCCGGCGCCGCGCCAUCUCGCAGUACUUCAAUUCGAGGCUUGUGGCAUGGACGAUGCCACGUGCCUGGCGCUUCUUGAGUGGGCGUCGCAGUCACCGUGCCUCAAGACCGUCACGCUCAUCGCGACCGAGACGACCAUGACCGUUGCGUCUUACAAGGUACUCUUUGAGGCACUUCUCACGUGCGUUGGUGUCGCGAUCGAGGUGGUCGAACUCCGAAUUGGGAUGCGCGACGAGAUCGCGCGCCUUGCGUCGACGCUGCAGCUGCAACUGUCGGAUGGCAGCGACCGGACGCUGACGGUUCAAAAGCUUCACUAG